AUGAGGAGACAGGGGGCAGGUAGUGCUGAGAUUUGAGAGCCACACACAGUCACUAUGGGUCUGCUGAGCGUGGACCUGCUGAUCACCCUGCAGAUACUGCCAGGCUUCUUCUCCAAUUGCCUCUUCCUGGCUCUCUAUGACUCUGUUGUGUUGGUGAAACACGUGUUGCUUCAGCUAAACCGUUCCAAAUCCAGCCAGAGUCAAUGGCGGAGGAUGCUCACCCCAGAAGGGCUGCGCUGCGUCUGGAACAGCUUCCUAUUGGACGCCUACAAACAGGUGAAGUUGGGAGGAGACGCACCAAAUUCCAACGUGGUCCACGUCUCCAGCAGCAGGAAGGGUAGAAGCACAUCAGGAACGUCUGGGACGCAGUGCCAUCUUCUGGACUUUGCCGCUCAGGAGCGCCCUCUCGUUAUCAACUUUGGAUCAGCUACCUGACCCCCGUUUAUAAGCCAGCUGCCAGCCUUCAGCAAACUGGUGGAGGAGUUCUCAGAUGUGGCCGACUUCUUGUUGGUGUACAUCGAUGAGGCACAUCCCUCAGAUGGCUGGGCUGCGCCUGGCGUUCCUUCUUAUGACGUGAAAAAGCACAGGAACCAGGAAGAAAGAUGUGCAGCUGCUAACAAGCUCCUCGAACAUUUCUCCCUCCCCUCACAGUGUCAGGUUGUUGCCGACUGUAUGGACAAUAAUGCCAACGUUGCCUACGGUGUGUCCUUUGAGAGAGUGUGUAUCGUACAGAAGCAAAAGAUUGUGUACCUUGGAGGCAAAGGGCCAUUCUUCUAUAAUCUCCAGGAAGUCCGACGAUGGCUGGAACUCACUUUUGGAAAGAGAUGAAAGGCAGGUGGCCAAGUCAUCUCAUCUCGAGCCAGUAUAUAAAAACGUAUGUGAACAUAUAUUUGUCUUUAUGGACGUCUUUAUGGACUCCUUUACAAAGCCAGUUUUGGAUAUUAAGACAUUAAGAUGACCCCCUGCAGGAAUCCACAACCCCCAACGUGUGAAAAGAAUCUUACUGUGAACUUCAGUCUCUGGCUGAACCCCAACAGUUCUCCCAAAACUUUAACGCAUAACAAGCAUAUAGAGCAAUACGCAAAGGCAGGCUCCAUCUCAUGCUGGAACUAGAAAAACUUUAC